GACUUUAUGAAUAAUGCUAUCAAAAACUCUCUUGACAAUAACAUUCCAAAGCAAAAGUGCAUGACACCCACCUGUAACAUAGAUCCUCUCAAGCAUUACUCCAAUGCCAUAAGAGUCACCAAGAGAGCAAUUAAUACAUCAAAAAACAAUAACAGGGAAGAUGUCUUCUUAAGACUUCCAGUUAUCGCCUCAUCAGCUUUACGAAAAAUUACCAGUAAUUAUUUUUGCACUAAAGACCUGUAA